GGCCGGCAGGACAGGGACAAUCCAGGCCGGGACUCAUUCUGGAAGGGAUUUUGCGUCUCUCUUGAAGGAGCUGGCAGAGCCAUGAGCUCCAGCGUGGACGCAGGCUGCGAGCGGUGCCGGUGCCACGGCAAGGAGCGGCAGCCCGCCAUCCUGUACACGCUGCUGAGCCAGGAGCUGCGGCCGCGGCAGCAGUGCCCGUGCCGGCAGCGCCGCGCCGUGUGCCUGCGCACGCCGCAGCUCACCUGCCGCGCCGCCUCGCACGUGCUGCUCAAGACCAUCAGCUUCGUCAAGAACGUGGCCGCCUUCCGCCUGCUGCCGCGCGAGGACCAGCUGCUGCUGCUGGACGGCUGCUGGGUGCCGCUCUUCCUGCUGGGGCUGGUGCAGGAGAUGGUGACCUUCGAGGUGAUGGAGGCGCCGGCGCCCAGCAUGCUCAAGAAGAUCCUGCUCAGCGGGCAGAGCAAGGGGCAGGAGCCCGAGGGGGCACAGCCCACGCUGGCGGCCGUGCAGAGGCUGCAGGGCUGCCUCAACAGCUUCUGGAGGCUGGACCUGAGCCCCAGCGAGUUCACCUACCUGAGGGGAGCCAUCCUCUUCAAUCCAGACAUCCCGGGGCUGCGGGCCGCCCUGUACAUCGAGAGCCUGCAGCGGGAGGCGCAGCGGGCGCUGCGGGAGCUGCCGCACCCCGAGCACCGCCAGCGCGUCCCGCACACCCUGCGCCUCGCCGCCUCGCUGGGCUCCGUCCCCGCCGCCCUGGUCACGGCGCUCUUCUUCCGACCCGUCAUCGGCGACGCGGCCAUGGGCGAGCUGCUGGCCGAGAUGCUCUUCGAGGUGUCGGGCUGGCCGCAGGCGCCCUGGGUGCCGCUGCCCCGCUGA